UACAUCGAGUGGCGGCGCUCAGUCACAUUCAGUUUCUGGCUUCCUCUGCGUGCAGUCGGAUUUUGCUUCGUCCUCGCUACCUCACCUUGCGUUUUAUUUUUCUCCUUGGCCAUUUAGCGCCUCGAUGGGUAGAGAUUUCGUAAAUGCUUUUUAAGAACGCCGACAGCACAGCAGUUAAGAACGGCUCUUUUGAGAGCGUAGGUCUCGUCUUAUACUUGCCGGGCUUCUAUUUCACCGGAGAGCCUCCUUGGCUGCGAAGCUGAGACCCUCUUUACAAUAAACCCCAUCUCCUACUUAUCCAUUUUGUUGCAUCGUUUUACGCUUUAACUCUUCUAUAUCGCAACAAUGAACGGCUUUGCCAAUGAAGACUUUGACUUCAGCUUCCUGGACGAAGGCUUUACUGCCCGGGACAUUGUGGAGCAGAAAAUCAAUGAAGUGUCUUUAUCUGAUGAUAAAGAUGCAUUUUAUGUUGCUGAUCUUGGCGAUGUUGUCAAGAAACACUUGAGGUGGUGCAAAGCCCUUCCACGUGUAACUCCUUUCUAUGCUGUUAAGUGCAAUGACAGCAAAGCUAUUGUGAAGACGCUUUCCAUUUUGGGGGCUGGAUUUGAUUGUGCAAGCAAGACUGAAAUCCAGCUUGUACAGAGCAUUGGUGUCUCACCAGACAGAAUAAUCUAUGCAAACCCAUGCAAGCAAGUUUCCCAGAUAAAAUAUGCUGCUGGUUGUGGUGUCGAGAUGAUGACAUUUGAUAGUGAAGUGGAACUGAUGAAAGUGGCAAGGAACCAUCCCAAUGCCAAGCUUGUGUUGCGUAUUGCAACAGAUGACUCCAAAGCAGUCUGCCGUUUAAGUGUCAAGUUUGGUGCCACACUAAAGACCAGCAGAAUCCUUCUGGAACGUGCAAAAGAACUUAAUGUAGAUAUCAUUGGUGUAAGUUUCCAUGUUGGAAGUGGAUGCACAGACCCACAGACAUUUGUGCAAGCUGUCUCUGAUGCACGUUGUGUCUUUGACAUAGGGGCUGAGUUUGGAUUCAAAAUGAACUUGCUAGAUAUUGGAGGUGGCUUCCCUGGCUCAGAGGACGUGAAGCUCAAAUUUGAGGAGGUAACUUCUGUCAUCAACCCUGCUCUGGAGAAAUAUUUUCCAUCUGACUCUGGAGUGAAGAUUAUUGCAGAACCAGGGAGAUAUUAUGUUGCAUCUGCUUACACUUUGGCUGUUAACAUCAUUGCAAAGAAAGUGAUGAUAGCGGAGCAUACUGGCUCUGAUGAUGAGGAAGAUGGUGCCAUUGACAAGACACUAAUGUACUAUGUUAAUGAUGGCGUUUAUGGCUCCUUCAACUGUAUCUUGUACGAUCAUGCUCAUGUGAAGCCUGUUCUUCAAAAGAAACCCAAACCAGAUGAGAAAUUUUACUCCAGCAGUAUUUGGGGUCCAACAUGUGAUGGGCUUGAUCGUAUAGUUGAACGCUUUGACCUGCCUGAACUGCAAGUUGGAGACUGGAUGCUGUUUGAGAACAUGGGUGCCUACACCGUCGCUGCAUCUUCAACUUUUAAUGGAUUCCAGAGGCCGACUUUGUAUUACGUUAUGUCAAGACCAUACUGGCAACUGAUGCAGCAUAUUAAGGAUCACGGUAUCACUCCUGAAGUGUCAGACUUGAAUACUCUUCCAGUUUCAUGUGCCUGGGAGAGUGUAAUGGAGCUGAAUUCUGCACCCUGCAGCUCUGCUAGUGUCAAUGUGUAGUCUUAUUAAUCCUGUAAUCAAGGUUAAAAGAAGGUAGCACGUUUUUGGGACCAUUAUUUAAUUUAGAGUACGUAUAACUCCAGCAUUUAUGCAACAAAAUGGACGACUGUGAGAUGGGGUCACAUUAUCUGUGUUCCUAUGGAAACUUUAUGCAUUUUUUUUGUUCUUUUAAAGUUUUUAAAUUUUCAAACUUGCAAAGAUGCUCAAGUGUCAGCCAAGCAUUUGUAGCUUGUGUACUGGCAACAUGACAUCCAAGUGAAAUGUUUUUACAAAUAAAGUAUCUGGGGAAAACACAA